AUGUCUGCUGAUUCCCAUCUUCGAGUAGCGGCAGACACCGACAGGGGCUGGGCUGCUCAGGAGCUCCAUGCCCCUCUGCAUGCAGCGCACCUACAUCACGGUUCUGCAGACUGCCUCUGUGGCCUUAACCUCCCUCACCCCUCUGUGGUCCUCCUCCACGUUCUCCGGCAUCCCCCUCUUCCCCCUCUGAGCGCUCAGCUCCUCAUUCUCCUCUCGGGCUCCCGCCAUCGCGUCCAGCUGUGGCCCUCACAGGGCGCGCUCGCUGGCUCUCACCUGCCAGGUCCCUGGCCUCAGGACGACAGCCAGCAACAACACAUUCCCUACAUGAGGGACAAAGCGACGCAGACCCCCAGGGCCUGGGCAGAUGAGAGGAGGAGGGGCUCUCACAAACGCUCGGCCUCCUGUGGGAGCACCGACCAGCUCAAGGAGAUUGCCAAAUUGCGUCAGCAGCUUCAGCGCAGCAAACGCAGCAGCCGCCAUCGGAGGGACAAAGAGCGCAAAUCCCCAUUCAAUGGCAGCCACACCAUCAUCCAGUCGCAGUCGCCUAUGCCCAAGACCAUCCUGAUCCCCAUCCCUAUAUCCAAGUCAUCGGCCCCUCGGUUCCGCAACAGCGUCGAGGGCCUCAACCAGGAGAUUGAACGCAUCAUCAUCCGAGACACCCCGGAGAAGGAUGAGACCAUCGUUCCACAGGAUGUCCCAGAUGGACAUCGUGCACCCCCGCCCGUCCCCCCACAGCGCAGCAGCAGCACCCGCAGCAUCGACACACAAACUCCCUCGGGGGGCGGCCUGAGUGGUAACCAUAGCAACUGCAGUAGCCGUCCCGACUCCAUCUCACCCUCCUACCUCACCGUCCUCAAUGACACGGGUGGAGGCAGCCCCUAUGAGGACAAAGAGCUGGGCCCCUGCUCCCCGCUGCCAAAAUACGCCGCCUCUCCCAGACCCAACAACAGCUACAUGUUCAAGAGAGAACCUCCAGAGGGCUGCGAGAAGGUCAAAGUGUUCGAGGAGUCCAUGCCCAAACCUCUGCAGGAGAUCCCUCCCUUCCUGUGUCCUGACCGCAACAAGGUCAACUUCAUCCCCAACAGUGGCUCUGCCUUCUGCCUCGUCAGCAUCCUCAAGCCCUUACUCCCCGCCCCGGACCUCAACUUUCGCCCCGGGGUGGGCCUCCGAAGCCUGUCCCCAUCCCUCGUGCCUCUGUCCACCCAGCCCUGCCUCUUGGAGGAGCCUGAGAGCUUCUGA